AUGGCGCAGCUGCUGCCACAGGCAUUCCUGACGGCCGCUGCAGAGAGCGGCCGUGAGGACGAGAGGGCGGCUGCAGAGAUCAUGGCGAGGUGCUACGUGCCCAGCCUGCUAACCAGCAGCUCCUGGGAGAGCUUCCGCUUCGCGGGCCACGACAUCCGCAUCACCGAGGCCACCGACUGCUACGGCGCCGUGGUGUGGCCGUCGGCCCUUGUUCUAUGCUAUUUUCUGGAAACAAAUACAAAGCAGUAUAACAUGGUGGACAAAAAUGUGAUUGAGAUCGGAGCAGGGACAGGGUUAGUCUCCAUUGUGGCCAGCUUGCUUGGUGCCCAGGUGACGGCCACUGAUUUACCAGAAUUACUUGGAAACCUGCAAUACAACAUCUCCCGAAACACCAAAUCGAGGUGCAAGCAUUUGCCACAGGUGAAAGAGCUCUCCUGGGGCAUAGCUCUGGACCAGCGCUUCCCCAGAGCUGCCAACAGCUUUGACUACGUCCUGGCAGCCGACGUGGUCUACGCGCAUCCUUUUCUGGACGAACUCCUGGCCACCUUCGACCACCUGUGCAAAGAAACGACAGUCGUCCUCUGGGUCAUGAGAUUCAGGCUGGAGAAAGAAAAUAAAUUCGUAGAUAGGUUUAAGGAGUUGUUUGACCUGGAGGAGAUCGCCAGCUUCCCCAGCCUGAACAUCAAGCUGUAUAAAGCUGUGAAGAAGACCCGGAGGAGUGCCUGA